CAGCGUAGUGUGAUGUUUAAAAUUCUAACAAUCAAUGGAUACUAAAAUAGUUUUUUUAGUACACCUAGUACUUUAACUUGCAAGUCUUGGGCUAAUUAGUCUCUAAGAUCUAUCAAAACAAGAAGUGUGAUAAUUUGUCUAUUUGAUGGUUAUACUUAAUUAAUUAUGCAUUGUAAUUUACUAGCUCAUCCUCAGAAUCAAGAUAAGAACAUAUCGUAUAUUAAACUAUAGACUUGAAAAAAGUUGAUAUAUUUUUUUAACAGAUAAAUUAAAAUAUCAGGCUAUCAAGAAAAGGUAGGAGUUAUCCAAAGAUUUAUCUAAAUAGAAAUAUAGGCUCACUGCAUUACCUGUGCCAAAGAUCUAUGAACAAGUUUGAAUUCAGUUCCCUAGCCUACCAACACAAGCACCCUAAUGAGCAAUGAAGAACGUGUCAAAUUACAGAGUACACGUGGCAAGCUGAACUCCACGCGGCAACCCAUUUGUUUGCCACCUUUACUUUCUCACAUGCACCUCCAGGAAACGGUGGCAACCCAUUGAAACUCUAUAAAUCAAUCACUUUCUUCCAUCACAGAACAGAAAAACAGAGCAACACUUACCAAAACAGAAGAACAGAGUAACCAAACACAACUCGGAGAAAGAAAGAUAUGGCAGCAAUGUUCAUAACCAGAAACACCCUCUUCCGCUUCUCAAAGUCAAUCCCUCAUGUCCCUUCACUCUCCGUUCACAAACCUUCCAGGGUCAUCUUCGCCUCUGCUUCCAACUACUCAGACUGGAGAAAUGCAGCAGAUGGACCGAGAGGGAGAGGGACACAGGCCUAUGAUCCUACGGAUUCAAGACGUGACGCAGAUGAAAUGGCAGAGAGAGCAAAAGAAACGAUGAGCGAAGGCGUGGACAGGGCUCGAGAGGGAGCAGAGGAAAUGAAAGACAGAACCAAGGAAUACGCGCGUGACGCAAAGGAGAAGACGAAGGAUGUCGCGGGGUCGAUGGCGGACAGAGCCAAAGAAGGAGCAAACAGAGCAUCUGACAGAGCAGAGGAUGUGAAAGAGAGGGCGAAAGAUUACGCGUACGAUACGAAGGAAAGGGCGAAGGAAACUGCGGGUUCUGCAGCGGAUAAGACCAGGGAAGGGGCUGAGUGGACAGCGGAUAAGACCAGGGAAGGGGCUGAGUGGACGGCGGAGAAGACAGGGGAGGUUGCAGGGUCUGCGACGGAGACGUUGAAGGGUGCAGGGGAGAUGGCGAAGAACACGGUGAAGGGGGCGUGGGAGAAGACUAAGGACACCACGCAGAAGAUUAAGGAGACGGUGGUUGGGAAGGAUGAUGAUGAUGAUGAUGAUGAUUAUGGUGGUGGUGUUGGUGCUCCUGCAAAAGAUGAGGAUGUUUUGGAAUACAGGAGAAGAGCUGGGAAGGGUUAUGGUGAUUAUUAAUUAAGGUUGAGUGAUAGUACCACAGUUUUAGUAAAUACUAUGUGAGAUACUAUGUUGUAUUUUGUUUGUUUUUCGUUUUCAACUUUGGGUCAUGAGUUUGUUUACAUAUAUGCUUGCUGUGGGGAACAAAAUCUGUUUGUCUGCCCUUAUGCGACAUAUAUUGAUGCAACACAUUAUCCUCUUGGAAUAAGAAUUGGUCCACCUUUUUGUA